UCCUAAACGCAUUCCACUUAUUAUCACAUCGGUUCCCCUCCUCUAUCCAGCCCUUUCAGCAGGUGCCCUCAUUUUGUAGAUAAGGAAACUGAGGCAGGGAGAAGUUAAGUUGCUUGUCAAGGUCACACAACUCCAAAAUAGGAGAGCUGGGAUUUGAACCCAAACAGAGCAGUUGUUGGUAUGGCUUGGGCCCAGCCCUAUGUACACCUCCCCCUACUCCCCCAUCUCUUCUCACAGUCAUUCCAACAGAACCUGGACUGUGGCAGUGCCUACUGGGCAGAGCUGGGUGACCAUCCCCCGGGAACAGUUCACCACAUCUGAUGAACUCCUUGUCUGGGCAGCCGUGGCGGGCCAGCCUCCCUGGCCCCCAGUCUUCGUGAACCUGGAGACACAAAUGAAGCCAGAAGCCCCGCAACUGGGCCCUGAUGUGGACUUUUCAGAGGAUGAUCCCCUGGAGGCCACUGUCCAAUGGUCCCCACCUGCAUGGCCACCCCAUAAGGUACUGGUCUGCCAGUUCCACUACCGAAGAUGCCAGCAGACGGCCUGGACCCUGGUGAGUGUCUAAGUGCUUUCCCCCAACCCUAUUCAGGGCGUUAGCCCCAAAUCAGAGACCAA